CGGGCGACGCGGGCAAAAUGGCGGCGCCGGGGGUGGCGGAGGCCAUAGCGGCCCCACACCCGGCCGAGGGGGCUGAGACUGCGGAGGCGGCGGAGCUGAGCCGAGCCCUGAGCCGCCUGCUGCCGGGGCUGGAGGCCGACAGCAAGCCGGGCCGGCGGCGAGCCCUGGAGGCCCUGCAGCGCGCGCUGGAGGAGCCGGGCCCCGUCACCGACCCUGCCGCCUUCCAGGGCCCCUGGGCGCGCCUGCUGCUGCCGCGCCUACUGCGCUGCCUGAGCGACCCCGCCGAAGGCUGCCGCGCGCUGGCAGUGCACCUGCUGGGUCUGGGCCUACGCCGCGCCGCGCGGCCCCACGACGCCCUGCCGCGCCUGCUGCCUGCGCUCGCCGCGCGCUUGGCCGGCCUGGAGCCCACGCGCCGCCCGCCCGAGGCCUGCGAGGAGCUGCGCCUGGCGCUAGUGCAGCUGCUGAGCCUGGCUGUGGACCUGGGCGGCGCCGCGCUAGCGCCCCACCUGGACGACGCCCUUCGCGUGCUGCGCUGCUCCCUUCUCGACCCCUUCGCCGCUGUGCGCCGCGAGAGCUGCAGCUGCGCUGCCGCCCUGGCACAGGCCACGCCCGACCAUUUCCACAUGCAGUCAGAGUCUCUCAUCGGACCCCUGAUGCAGACCAUCUCCCACCAGCACUGGAAGGUCCGUGUGGCCGCCGUCGAAGCCACGGGCACGGUGAUCCAGUUUGGCAACGGGAAGUCCGUGGACGACGUGCUUUCCCAUUUUGCUCAACGGCUGUUUGACGACGUCCCGCAGGUCCGGCGGGCAGUGGCUUCUGUGGUGGGCGGCUGGCUGCUGCAUCUGCGUGACCGCUACUCCUUCUUCCACAAGCUCAUCCCUCUGCUGCUCAGCACCCUUGAUGAUGAGAUGCCCGAGGUCAGGCAGCUGGCUGCUAGCCUCUGGGAGGACGUCGGCCUGCAGUGGCAGAGGGAGAAUGAGGAGGACCUGAAGGACAAGCUGGACUUUGCCCCUCCCCCCCCACCCCAUUACCCUCUGCAUGAGCAUCGUCCUCUGCUGGGCUGUCGGGAGCUUGUCUUCAGGAACCUCUCCAAGAUCCUCCCCGCGUUGUGCCACGACAUCACCGACUGGGUGGUGGGGACGCGAGUGAAGUCAGCGCAGCUGCUGCCUGUGCUGCUGCUGCAUGCCGAGGACCACACCAUACAACACCUGGAGAUCGUCCUCCGGACCCUGUUCCUGGCCUGCGCUGACGAGGAGACAGCCGUGGUCCAUAGCUGUUCAAGAUCCGCAGAGCUCAUCGGGACGUUUGUCAACCCUGAGGUAUUUCUGAAGCUGAUCUUACCGAUGCUGAAGAAGGGGCCUUCCGCCUCCAGCCUCCUGGUGCUGGCCUCCACCAUUCGGGGCUGCCCCCGAGAAGCCCUCCAGCCGCACCUCACAGCCAUUGCCACGGAGCUGGCACAGGCCCACAUCUGCCAGGCAUCUGAAAACGACCUCUACCUGGAGCGUCUGCUGCUCUGCGUGCAGGCCCUGGUAUCCGUGUGUUAUAAGGACUGCAGCACAGCCAGCUUGCAGCUCAUGGACGUGCUGCUGACCAUAAUGGCCCUCGCAGGUUCCACCAGCCUCAGGGACAAGGCACAGGAGACAAUGGACUCGCUGGCCGCUGCGGAGGGCAUCAGCAGCUGCCAGGACCUUUACCGCAAGUACAUGGGCCCUCUCCUGGAGCGGGCGACUGCAUCGCACCUCGACUGGACCGCGCACUCACCAGAGCUCCUGCAGUUCAGUGUCAUCAUCACGCAGUCAGGCCCUGCCCUAGGAGAAGCCCUGCCACAAAUCAUGCCCACGCUCAGGGCCUGUCUGCAGCCCUCCCGAGACCCGCAGAUGCGCCUGAAGCUGUUCUCCAUCCUGUCCACUGUGCUGCUCAGAGCCUCGGACACCAUCGACUCCCAGGGGCAGUUACCCAGCUACCUUGAGAUGGUGACAAAAGACAUCCUGGCCCCCAAUCUGCAGUGGCAUGCAGGGAGGACAGCCGCGGCCAUCCGCACGGCAGCCGUGUCCUGCCUCUGGGCACUCACCAGCAGUGAGGUCCUGUCGGCCAAGCAGAUCCGGGAUGUGCAGGAAACACUGAUGCCUCAAGUCCUGACCACGCUGGAGGAAGAUUCGCAGAUGGCGCGGCUGAUCUCGUGCCGUAUCAUCAACACGUUCUUAAAAACCUUGGGCAGCAUGUUUGAUCCAGAUAAACUCAUCAAGAUUUAUCCUGAACUCUUAAAGCGCCUAGACGACGUUUCCAACGAUGUGAGGAUGGCAGCUGCCUCCACCCUGGUGACCUGGCUGCAGUGUGUGAAGAAUGCUGACGGAAAGGCCUACUAUCAGAGCAGCGUCCAGUACCUGUACAGAGAGCUGCUCGUUCACCUUGACGAUCCAGAGAGCACCAUCCAGGACGCCGUUUUAGAGGUCCUCAAGGAGGGCAGCGCCUUGUUCCCAGAUCUCCUGGUAAGGGAGACAGAGGCCGUCAUCCACAAACACCGCUCAGCCACCUACUGUGAGCAGCUGCUGCAGCAUGUACAGGCCGUGCCAGCCACGCAGUGACCACACCCUUGUCCCCACCUGAGCCGGCAUUUGUGGCCUUUAAACCUCAUAAACAAGGUACCUCUGUGCCAGCAGUGAGACUGUGACAGCAAGAAUGUACUCCCCAGGAAACCUGCCCGGUCUUCCCCUGGAAUAACAGCCUCUGAGAGGAUUCUGCAUUUUAUGUUAUUUGUUCAGUUCAUCGAGAGGUCGCCCCAAAGUCUACAGCUGAUUUGAAAUUAAAAGUAAGUUGCAACUGCUCCCUCUGCAGCCAAAUCAGCAUUGUCUUGGUUUUUAAGCCUCAUGUGCGCAGCUGGGUUCAUGGAUUAUCAGUUCCAUCCUGCUUAGAUGCCCACCAAGAAAGUUUUUACCUAUCUAACAAAAAAGAAAAAAGCCAAAGUGAUUAGAAGACAUGAAUGAAAUCUCUUUUUGGGUUCUGUCUCCUGAAAUUUAAUGGUGAACAGACUAAAAAGAAUUGGAACAACUUACCAGUUAGAUUUCUCCUGUUUUAAAUAUACCAGAACUUUAAAGGUUAUCUAUCCAGUUGCCAUAUAUUUUAGGUCAGUAAUGCUAACAGUGUUGAAAACAGAGUAAUUUGAUAUAAUUUUGGUUGCCCCUCUAGGUAGCAAGAAAGGAAAAUUGUAUUUCCCUCUCGCACAUUCUACACCCAAGUGCCUAAAAGAUCUCACUUUAAGUGGAUUUUGUUACUGUAAGCCAUUGUGUUCACACAAGGGGGAAAUGCUGUGUAUAUUUUCCAACAAUUAAAUGUUAACAUUUAUACUUUCACUUUUGAAAAUUUAAUUAAAAAUAUUUAUUAUAA